AAAGGUAUAAAAGAUACGUUUUAAUUGCUAAGUGUAAUAGGAGUGUAUUAGCAUCUGCAAAAAUGCGGGGUGUUUCUCGAAGUUUGAUCACCAAUUAGAAGGUUAACAUUGUGUUGAAAGUCUGAUUGGCAAUUUGUACAUUGAUAAGGAAUCGAAUUAGAAGGACCUCGAAAUUGGAGGGUGAAUAUUUUUUCUUCACUCUAUGCUCUGGAAAAGCCGCUGAACGGAGUUUUAUAUCGUUGUGUGUGACCUCAGAUACAAUAGGCCUAUCCCUGGGCGAGACUUUACAGAAAGGUCCAUUGCACGAUCUUGUACUAUAUUUGAACAGGCGGGUCAAGGCUGCCCAUAAUAUUUUGCAAUUCCCUAUUGUUUUUUAUGCCAGCAAAUGUUGCAUUUAAGGAAGUCUAAUUUCAAUGAGUGGUGUACGACUAGAAUAUAAACAGCAAGUGAGAAAAGAGCAAACGAUAUAAAAUUGAAUGCGUCAUGUUUUGUAUACCAAAACGUGCAUGCCUCUUUGACAUACCGUAGCAGUAGACUUUGUUUAAUGAUUUAAGCUAAGCUAAUGAUAUAUCUCCGUUUUCAUCCGUUGCAAAAUAUGCUAAUGUUCAGCAUGAAUGGUAGAAACGAAUGAAGUAAAAUUAUGCUUUAUGAUAACUAUUUGUUGAUUGAACCACAUAGGCUUAAAAUAAUAUUAUAUUUAUGCCAGUAUGCUUAAACUUUGAAAUAAGUAGGGUUACAGCACAAUAAUCGUGCCCGCUGAUUUUAGGAGAGUGAAUUUUUUCGGUCAUCCGUGCAAAACCUGCUAAAGAAGUUUAGGACACCAUCUGUCUUUUGAAUAUAAAGUACCAUAAACAAUUCCAAUUUUCCUGAAGUUCCAGUAUAGGCCUUAAAUAGGCCUAAAGUGUAUUAUUAUUAGACCUACCAAAUAAAUCAAUAUGGCCUCUAUAUAAAGUUAAAGGGUUCGAGAUUUAUUCCCACCCGGUUGAAACCCUCCACUGAUCGGGCUAUCGUUCUUGAAUGAGACUUCGCGUCAGAUCAUCUUUUUCCGCAACACAUUUUAUCCGAGCGAAUUUUGUCGAAGAAAAAUACCCAUGGUGUUAUUUUCCCUGCGGAAAAAUCCAAUAUAUGUUUGUUGGCGCUCUCAAAUGAGCGUAGUUGGCUAUCUUGUUCUAUUUAUUCUCUUUGGUUAAAAUCAAAAAGUUCCAUUGCGCUCUAUGCUAUGCAUCAAGUUCGAUGCGCUGCGCUAACAAUGAGAUGCGCUGAUAUUUUGAUAUUAGAACCAAGAACAUGAUUUAGAACGUUAAGGUCGCACAUUUAGGACGGUUUCGUUUGUGGCGAGUCUCACUGGUAAACUUUCGGUACUGUAUACAUAAUUAAAUUGAUUAAAUUGCAGUGCUCAUAUCAAGGUCAGUCGACUAAAUACCAUACCACACAACAUAUGUUUAUGUCAAUUGACCUCGAUUAAACUUGUAUACGAGCAUGCUCAGUCCUAACAACGAAUUGGCUUAUUAGCAAAGAAAAUCGGUUCUUCGUAUAGAAAUCGGGUGCGAUAACAAAUCCGGCACGCUGGUGCUGUUAUUGAUUUGGCAAGGAAAUUAUUACAGUUGACGAACAAGGCCUUUUGCCAACAGUAGUUAACUUUUAUUUCUAGUCAUUGUUGUUUUUUUAAUUUUAUUGACAAAAACAAUAAGCGUAUCUAUCUUCAAUUUGUUAACUCUCAUUGAUAUAACAUACAGACACUGAAACCGUAUGUAAUUACCAGAGAGACAUGAUUAUACAGUGGAACCAGACAACAGGCAACAUCGCAUACAGAUAGUGGUAAAUUGCAAUUAAUAGUUUUGAGACCAGGCAACAAGUGAUUAGAAUCCAGUUUUCGGACACGAAAGGAGUUGGAUUGAACAGACGACUUUUCCGACAAGUAAAACAGCAAUAUGUCGUUUCGAGAUUCUGUUUCUGCAGCCGUCGUUAGAAAUUUAAGCUUAUGUGUUGCAUUAUCCUCGUUUUCAUGCUGCUUUAUAUUGUGGGGAUUCGGUUACACAUACACUCUUCUGUUCGUACCGAUACAGGACGAAUUUGAUUCUACUACGACCGCAACAGGUUGGGUGGGAUCUGCGUACUACGGAAUAGGCUCCACGAUGGCCAUUAUGAUCGGCCCAUUAGCCAAGCGAUUCAAGUACAGUACCAUCUUCCUAGCUGGUUUCUUGCUAGCAGGAAUAAGUCUAAUGGUGUCCUCGUUCGUUCAAUCUAUCCACGCCUUCUUCGUCACGUACGGGGUGUUUUAUGCAUUGGGUACCUGCAUUGGAUACUAUAUAACGAUGGAUCUGCUGAAGAUGCACUAUGCAAAUUUGUUCAACUUUCUUUUUAUAGGUUUUUUGGUUCAAAGCCCGAUCGUAGGUAAAUUACUUAUACUUGUUGGUUGGCGCGGAGUUUUACGGAUUUACGCCGCAAUUACAAUAAUCGUGGGAUUGACUUGUAGGUUUAUCAUGCAGAAGCCAGCCAGUUUCCAUGACGACACGGAAGAGAAAAAUAAUUCAUCCCUGGAAAUAAAAGACAAGUUUCUCAAACACGAGGAUAGACUUGAAAAAAAAGACACUGAACAAGGGAGACAAAACAUUAAUUUUUGGAAAAUAAUGGCUUUCCCGGAAUCAUGGUACUUUGUUAUUGGAAUGAUCAUUACUAGUACCGCGACAAUGUUCAGCUACAUCAAUAUAGUUGAUUUCAUGAAACACAUUGGGAUUUCAACGUAUGUUAGUUCGUGGAUCCUGGCUGUCGCUGCCGGAUCAGAAUUGGCAGGGAAAUUUUUCUUUGGCAUGACUGGAGAUCGAAUGCGAUUUCCAAAAAUGUACACUCUGGCUCCUGCAAACGUAUUAUUCGCUGGGAUGAUGGUUAUACUAAUAUAUGCACGGACGUCAUUGCAUAUGAUUCUUAUUAUUAUAUGUAUUGGUGUUCUGAAGAGUAUUUUUCAUGCUAUGCCGUGGACAGCGACCCUUGAACUGCUUGGGAUUGGUCAUAAUACAGAGGCUACGAUUCUUACCUGUUUAGGAUUUGGUAUUGGUUCACUUGCUGGGGCACUUGUAGGGGGUUUAAGUUACGAUUAUACUGGAUCGUACGAUAUAGGUUUGUUAGUGAGUUGCGGUAUGUAUAUCGUCGGCGCUAUAUUUUUCCAGGCCGCUCCUCUACAUCAAAAGAUGUUUGCACCAGAAAGGUACCUAAUAGACAGAAGAGUUGCAACCAUUUCAGAAAAGCACUAUGAAUACAUCGUCGAUAGCUACAUCACAACUGUUUAGUCGUUGAUGUCCAACACCACUACUUUGCUAGGCUGACGUUGAAUUGACAAUUGCUAUCGUGUUUCUGAAUUACGUGAUAGCAUCAUGAACACGACAAUAUACACGCGUUCUAACGUUAUUUGUUAGACGGUAUGUAGGCCUAACGUAUUUUACCGGAAGCAAUUGAUGGGUUAAAUAAGUAAAGAUAAUGAAAGAGACUGACUACCCAUAUCGUCCUGAUUUUAAUGGAGUACAGACUUGUAACAAAUGGGUAAAAAAAUUUUUAGGGCGCCCUACAAAUAAACGGUGCUGUUUUAUUCACAAAGCAAAUAAUAUUAAAGGUAUGUACUGUGCAACUGUUCUGUUUCGUUGUAAAAUCACUAUGCAGUGGUUAAAGUAGAACCUUGCGAUUGAAUUGAAAAUAUCAUGAGGUAUAAAAAAUACAUUGAUAUUAAUUCACAAUUGUUAGGCCAAAAUCUAUAAUUGCAUUAAAGCGUGCUUGGGAUUAAAGAUUAUAAUAAUCCCUAAAAGCACCCUAAUCUAUAAAUGUAUUUCAAAGUUUUUAUAAAUAAUCGGAAUAGUUCAUCUAUCUUUAUUAAGAGGAUUGAGUGUGCUCUCACGUGCUAAUUACGAAAAUAUUUUGUAAGCGAAUAAUGGAUUUUAGUUUUGUAAACCGGGCAUACAUACGCUUCCUAAUUUCUUCGGUUGACUUCCCAAUCAGGUAAUUUUAAUCAGGUAGACAUACACACAUUAUGUACUAUAAUAGUACUGCAAUAAUUGUUUUACUGUUAUUUUUUUUAAAUAAUAAAUAGUAUAGUAUAGGCCUAUUCCUAUAGCUUGUGUUUAGACCUACAUGAAUCAUAAUAAUUUAUGAACAAACUUAUAUAGUUAAGUGAGGACAUUUAUAAGAAUUUUGUAAUGAACAUUUGCAGCUGGAACAGCACUGAGUAUAAUGACUGGUUUUCUGCCGGGCACUCACUGUGGCCGACGAUCGUCAGCCGACGCGAUCACAAAUCAGAAAUAUUUGUACGUCAAUAAAUUAAAUAUUAUUUUGUGUCACUAUG